AUGGUAUCCUUUGAUGUGGUGUCUCUGUUCACCAACGUUCCUAAGGAUCUUGCGGUACAGGUGGCGGAGGCACGACUACGCCAGGACAGCAGUCUGCCAACUCGAACAUCGCUCACAGUUGAAGAAGUGGUUAUUCUUUUGAGGUUUUGCCUCAAUCAGACGCACUUCAACUUCAAUGGCAGGACUUACCACCAGAUCGAAGGCUGUCCCAUGGGUAGCCCUGUGUCAGUCACCUUAGCUAAUCUUGUCAUGGAGCAUAUUGAAGAAACCGCCAUGGAACGAUUUUGCCACCCGGUCAAGUUCUAUCACCGCUACGUCGACGACACGUUCGUGAUUCUCAACAGUGACCACGUUGAUGACUUCCACUCGGUUCUAAACAGCAUUGCGCCAUCGAUCAAUUUCACUUACGAGAUGGAACAAAAUGGCAAGCUUCCUUUCUUGGAUGUGUGUGCGCGCCGAUGUAGCCCAGGCGGCAUUCAAACAUGUGUCUACCGAAAGCCUUGUGAUACCGGCAGUUUCCUUGGUUUUCACUCACACCACCCCACGGAGCACAAACGCAGUGUGGUACGAACGUUAUUUCACAGAUCUGAACAGUUAUCAUCCUGCACUGAGUUACAAGCUUCUGAGGACGCGACGAUCGCCGAUUAUCUGGACAAACGUGGCUACCCACGCAGGUUUAUCGAGGACACUCGCAAGCGCAUGCAAACAUCUGGACCGCGCGACGGGAACCGCACCCACUAG